GCAGAAAAACAAGAAAACGUCAAACGCAAAAGAGAAGAGAAAAAUCAAAACAUUUACGAUUUUGGGGGUGCAGCGCAGUGUUGUGUUGUGGCGCAGCCAAAAAGUGCAGUGUUUUAUUGUUACGUCGCAAACAAAACGUUGCGAAGAAAACGAAAACAAUAUUCACUUUCACGCCGUGACGAUUCGUGACAACCGUUUCUUGUAAACAUUCCGACUUGCUUCACAAAGAAGACAACAAGCAAGUAAUCGAGUUAUUCAAGUGAAAGUUGAUAGUGAAAAAAAUUUGCCAAACGAAACAAAACGAAAAAAAAAAACAGGCAAUCUGCAAACAAAAAUGAGGCCAAAGACGAUGGCCGUCGUCGAGCAGUGAAAAAAUCAAGUUGUGCAAAAAAGUAUUCAGAAUCCAAGCAGCACAAUGUGCACUUCCUGGCUGCAAAGCUGCUGCCUCCAGUGGCGCUCCUGGAUCCGGCCACUGCUCAUUCUAGUUUACCUUCUCUUCGUCGUGAUUGUCGUUCCGCUCCUGAUCGUCAACUCCGUCAAGGAUGGCUUCUCCCGCAAGGACCAGCUCAUCCUGAUUGGGGGGUUGUUUGUGCUGUCGGCGAUUCCGAUCUCGAUCUGGCAAAUUACCCAACACGUCGUGCACUUUACCAGGCCAAUCCUGCAGAAACACAUCAUCAGAAUCCUCUGGAUGGUUCCGAUCUACGCGCUGAACGCGUGGCUUUCGCUGCUCUUCCCACGGCACGCCAUCUACAUGGACAGUAUCCGCGAGUGCUACGAGGCGUACGUGAUUUACAACUUUAUGAAGUACCUGCUCAACUAUCUCAACCUGGAGAUGGACCUGGAGCGGACCCUUGAGUACAAGCCCCCGGUGCGACACUUCUUUCCGCUGUGCUUCGUUGAACCGUGGCCGCCCGGCCGAGAGUUCGUCCAUAACUGCAAGCACGGGAUCUUGCAGUAUACGGUUGUGAGACCGAUUACCACCUUCGUCGCAUACAUCUGCGAGGUGAAGGACGUCUACGGCGAGGGUCGGUUCGAGACGGAUGUGGCCUUCCCGUACGUGGUGUUCAUCAACAACUGUUCGCAGUUCGUUGCGAUGUACUGCCUGGUGCUGUUCUACCGCGCCAACAAGGACGAGCUGAAGCCGAUGAGGCCAAUUCCGAAGUUUCUCUGCAUCAAGGCGGUCAUUUUCUUCUCGUUUUUCCAAGGAGUCGUGAUCAAUCUGCUGGUGUAUUACGGCGUCAUCAAGGACAUUUUCGGAUCGGAGGGCAACGACGACAUCCAGCAGUUGUCGUCCAAGUUGCAAAACUUUCUGAUUUGCAUCGAGAUGUUCGUGGCGGCGCUGGCUCACCACUACAGCUUCUCGUACAAGCCGUACGAGCUGAACAUCCCCGUCGGGGGCUUCGGAAGUAGCGGCGCCAGUAUCAACGGCCAGGGCCACGGAUCGUGGUACAGUGCGCUGUUGAACAUGCUGGACAUCUCGGACGUGCACCAGGACGUGAGUGACCAUUUGGGCGUGGUGGGCAGUUCGUUGAGUCGGAGAUUCCGGGGUCGGACGACGUACCAGAUGGCGCGAGGUGGCAGCAGCAGCUGCGAAAGCGUCGGUGGCUCCGAACGGCAGUACCUGGUCAAUCCGACGACCAGCGGAGGAAGCUCGUCGAAUCUCACCUCCGGAGCGCAGUGCUACCAAAGCGGACUCAGCAGUUCCGGUGCUCAACUCUACGCGAACGCCCCCAAAUCCACCCAGCAAAACUCGUACGGCACGCUGGACGCCGGCAUCAGCAUAGUCAAACCCAAGCAGGGCCGCCAGCAGCAGGUGGACACGCCCAACGAGGGUGCCCCAAAAGUCUCGAACAUUUUCAACCAGUUUCAAAACUCGAAAAAUCUCAACCUCGUCCUCACCAAAUGUCCCAGCUUCGACAAUCUGACCAAGAGUGAGACGACAACGACGACGGCCACCACGCAGUCGAGCAGCAGCAGCUCGAACCAGCGGGCACUGGCCACGACCGGCAGUGACGAAGGCUCGACAACGGCUACCGGAUCGGGCACGGGAACCACGACCAACGCGACUUCCCUUUCGGACCCGAAUCUGCGCAAGUCGGAGAGCAACAGCAGCGACUGGCUGAGCACUCCGGAUGAGGAUUUGGGCAUCGACGUGAAGGGAAUCAGCAACGAUAACAUCAACUAUCAUCCGGAUCGAAGGGCGUAAGUUAGCAAAAGAGAUUUGUCGCAACAGUCUGAAGAACAAAAACAAAAACUACGAAAGUGUAUUUAUAGUCAAUGUUUAUCGCGAUCUAUUAGUUAAGGCUGCCUUAUUUAUCAAAUAUUUACUCCGCUGAGGAGAAAUAAACAUUAUUUGUUUGAUGUGAUCAUUUUUUUCCACCAACCCCAGAAUCAUCCGAAGCGCUUCUUUCUGUCCCGAAAUUAAAUUGUUUGCAUAAGAAAAAAAACUGUGCUGAAGCGAAUAUAACUCUGAUUGAGUGCAAGGAAAUUAUACUAGCCAGAAGAAGAAGACAGGCGUAGUUUUAAGCUCAUGUAUCGAAAAAGUGAUUUUAUUUAACAUAUAUUUUAGAAG